UGCGGUUUGCUACGAGACGCUGCGUUGCUAUGGAGACCGGGGUAAACAACUGCAGACGACGCGUCAGCUGAUUUUUGAGUCCUGCCGCAUUUCUAGCACCGGAAAAAUUUGUGAUGGGAAUCUAAUGGCCUGUGAAAUGAGCUGAGUCGACGUGGCUUGCUUGCUGAUGCGACGUUGUGAUCAGAUUUUCGGCAUAAUCUUUUGAUGUGGCUUUAUGAGCGAUAUGUGUCAACGCUGUUAGGCUUCAAAUGCAUGUUAAUGAACACAGCGUUCUUUACUUUAAGAUAAAGACUAUUCAUAACCAAACCCAAAUUUCAUUUUAACAGUAACGAGAUACAUAAUUAUCCACUAGUAAGACCUUAAAAUACCCAAUACCAUCCCGCGCCACCAGGCUGUUAAUUGAAUUUCUGGUGAAUGAACAGCAAUUCGUUUUCACAAUACCACUUUGAGUUCGCGUCACGUACACCGCUCAGUAGAGCUCCACGAAAACCACAUUUCAGAAAUGGGAAAGAUCACGGUCGAGCUCGUCCGAAAGCGUGCAGAACACAACGAGGGCGAGCUGUCCACGCUGGAAGAGAUCUCUCUGCACCAGCAAGACAUCGAGAAAAUCGAACACCUCCAUCGCUGGUGUCCGCGUCUCCGGAUCCUCUACUUACAAGGGAACCUCAUUUCUAAGAUCGAGAACCUAGGGCGUCUUCGCGAGUUGGAGUACCUGAAUUUGGCCCUUAACAACAUCGAAGUCAUUGAGGGUCUUGGCAGGUGCGAAUCCCUUAGGAAACUCGACCUUACUGCCAAUUUCGUGUCUGAAUUGACUUCGAUACUCUCCCUUCAGGAUCUUCCUAAUCUGAAGGAGCUAAUGUUGAGAACUCUAUUGCACCUAAAAAAUAUUGGUGAUGCCAAGUUAUAUGCUUAUAAACCUUCCAAGAAAUUAAACCAUCUAAUUUUCAUGGAACAUAUUACAAUGAAAAUUAAAUAUGAGCAGAAAUUAUGUAAGUUCUGUGUAGUAAAUGAUGUCCAUAUCCUGAUUUCCUGUGUAAAUCUACCAACCUUGGGAGUCCCAGGAGGCAAGAGUGUAAGUGGAGACUGGUGCAGGGCUGAGUUCGUCAAGAGCAGGGGCACUGGGGCCUUUGGCUGCUCCUCACUCACUUCAGCUGCUGACUUCUCUGCCAGGCUUCCAUCUGCCACAUUCGCUGUUGUCGCCUGCGGGAGGUCCGAAGAUGCCAUGGGGUCCACCACGAAGAGCUUGUCAUCUGUUGACUGGCUGAAGAGUAUGGAUGCUGGACGGUACCAGCAGAAGCGUCUCCCCCGCCUGUUCACCUCCGACGGGCGUCCCCUCAACGCCAACGCCGCCAAGGUCCAGUUCGACCUCAAGGAGGACGAGGGACGCAACGCCUUCGUCCUCGAGGUUCACACCUACAGGUACCUCGACGCCAGCCAGGUACAGUGUGACGUAGAACCGUGGUACGUCAGGGUGCUCAUUAGGGGAAAAGUGCUUCAACUGGUGCUUCUGGAGGAGGUCAGGCCAGGUCAGUCCACAGCGCAGAGGUCGCAGGUCACAGGUCAUCUGCUGGUCACCAUGCCCAAGCUAGCGCCGCCCAUCUCCGCCGGCCGCCCGCGGGAGGAGGUGCCGCCGCCGCUCGUCCGCCCGCUCACGGCACCUGCGCGCACCUGCGGGAAAACGGACGCUGGCGGCGACGGGGACAGCAGCGCCUCCCCCUUCCUCGAGAUCUCGAAGGGCGCAGGGAGAGCCCCGGAUUACAGGAACAUCGUCGGCGACCCGGAAGCCCCCUCAGACCGAAGCCCCUCCCCCUCCAGCCGAAGCUCCGCCCCUUCAUGCGCGCGCAGUCCCCUUGGCUCCGCCCUCUUCUCCUCCUUCGCCGCCUCCAGGAGUCUUCAGGAAAGACCGAAUUCGCCGGGAUUUUGUGGAUGACCCGGAUGUGCCGCCUCUGGAAUGAGGGAAGUGAGGGAAAAUCGCGAUAAGAUGCGAAUUAGGAAUGGUGAUGAUAAUGGAUGCGAAGAAGGGGAGAAGAAGGUGAAGAAGGGAAGGAGGAGAGGAAGAGUGAAGA